AGUGAUCAAUGUAGCGAGCAUCAGAAGAAAAGCGCUGGGGAGAUGCAGAGUGAGGAGACGAGAACAGCACCUGGAAACGGUGUGACCGCGAGCACAGAUCCAACUAGAGAGAAUCCAGAACAGCAGAACGGGGUUGUGUCCUCUCACGAUGUCACCAGCCCCGUAUCCCAGACUCAAACUGAGCACCAGCCUCCAUCCUCUACACCAGCUCCUCCUGCUCAGCCUCCCAGAGAUCAGUGGGGUGGCAAAUAUGAAUUUCUGCUGUCCUGUAUUGGCUACUGUGUUGGCCUGGGAAAUGUCUGGAGGUUCCCCUACCUCUGCUACCGAAACGGAGGAGGUGUGUUUCUCAUCCCGUACUUCAUCAUGCUCUUCUUCACGGGAAUGCCGCUCUUCCUCAUGGAGCUCAGCCUGGGCCAAUAUGGAGCCGCAGGUCCCAUCACCGUCUGGAAGUGCUGUCCCCUCCUCAAAGGGAUUGGUAUAGGGAUGUUGUGUGUGUCCACUCUUGUGUGUCUCUAUUAUAAUGUCAUUAUCGCUUGGACAUUCUACUACCUUGGCAGUUCUUUCCAGAGCCCUCUGCCCUGGUCAUGUGAUGCUCUUCAUAACAUUCCCCUUUGUCGAAACAAAACUAAUGUCACACAAAGUCCCUCUGAAGUCUUCUGGAAUGAAAAGGUUCUGGGUGUAGUGUACAGUAAAGGGCUGCAUGAUCCCGGUCCAGUGCGUUGGCCUCUAGCUCUGUGCUUGCUGGCUGCCUGGGUCGUCAUUUUCCUUUGCAUGCUCAAGGGCAUUCGCAGCUCUGGCAAGGUGGUGUAUGUGACUGCCACCUUCCCCUAUUUUGUGCUGGUGGUCCUCAUCAUCAGAGGGGCCACCCUUGAGGGCUCCUUAAACGGUGUCGCCUUCUACCUCACUCCAAACUGGGCCCAUUUGGCUAAUGCACAGGUUUGGAAUGAUGCUGCAUCGCAGAUAUUUUAUUCUUUGGGUAUUGGGGUUGGUGGUCUCUUGUCAAUGGCAUCAUACAAUAAAUUUGACAAUAAUGUCAUCAGGGAUACUCUAAUCAUCACCAUUGGGAACUGCGGUACCAGUUUUUUUGCAGGAUUUGCCAUUUUCUCUAUCCUGGGUCAUAUGGCUUGGAGGAAGGGUGUGCCUGUGGGUCAGGUGGCAGACUCAGGUCCUGGUCUGGCAUUUGUUGCCUACCCAGAAGCCCUGGCUCUUCUCCCUGGAUCAGUGUUUUGGUCCAUCCUGUUUUUUCUCAUGCUCUUUAUGCUGGGAGUGGAUACACUGUUUGGUAACAUGGAGGGGAUCUGUACAGCUGUAAUGGAUGAGUUUCCUCAACUCAGAUCCAAUCUGAAGCACAAGACGCUGUUCCUGGCGCUGCUCUGUUUCGCCUUCUAUCUCAUGGGCCUGCUGCUCAUCACUGAUGGUGGGAUAUACUGGUUCACGCUCAUAGACUCAUUCAGCACAAGCUUCGGUCUCAUCAUCAUUACUCUCUUCAUGUGUAUUGGCAUCUCAUUCUUUUAUGGGGUCAACCAGUUCUGUCAGGACAUUGUGGACAUGAUCUGUCGCUGUCCUCCCUGGUGCACAAAAAUGCUAUUGUACUUCAAAGCCUGCUGGGUGGUUUUCACCCCCUUCCUGCUAACGUUCAUCCUGACCUACAUCUUCAUCGAGAUGUACCGUACGUCUCUGCACUAUGGCGCCUAUGUGUACCCAACCUGGGGCAAAGCGUUGGGCGUAUGUAUGGGCGCCUUCUGCUGUCUGCAGAUUCUCAUCUGGGCCAUAGUUGCUGUCAGUAAAGAGUCUGGCACUCUUAGAGAUCGCUUCCAGAAAUCCAUCCGUCCUCUCAACUCCUGGCGUGUUAACAACAUAAACACAACCACUCAGGAUCAGCACGUGGAGCCCCAGAGAGUUGAUGGACCCUUCACGGUUAACUUGACUGAAGCGGACUUCACCUCCAUGAACUGGGAGGCCAUUAGCGAGGCGUAACACUGCCCCAAAGGUUGGGAGGUGGUACUGAAUCUCAAAAAGAUAAGUACUGGACUGAA